AUUUUUUGGCAUGGCUGCGAAAAAUGAAAGUCAUGAUAGCUUCAAAAGGACAAUUCUUAUUACGGGUUCAACGGAUGGUAUUGGUCGACAAACUGCUCUAGAAUUGGCUGUGCGAAAUAAGGAAAAUUUCGUUAUUGUGCAUGGCAGGAAUAUGGAGAAAUGUAAAGCAACCAUUGACUACAUUAUGCGUGAAGGCAAAUUACCGGAUAAAUCGAAUCUUGAUUUUGUUGUUGCCGACUUUUCAGAUUUGAAAGAGGUCUCUGAUUUGGCUACGGACGUUGAAAAGCGCUUUCCGCGGUUGAAUGUUCUACUGUGUAACGCCGGUGUUCUUUUACCUAAAAGAACAGAAAGUCGAAAUGGGUUGGAAUUAACUUUUCAAAUUAAUCAUUUGGCACAUUUCCUUAUCAUAAAUCGUUUACUUGCACUAUUAAAAGAAAACCAACCUUCAAGGGUUAUCAUCGUCAGUAGCAGUCUUCAUAGUUGGCAUAAAAUUGAUUGGAAGGAUGUGAUGGCUGAGCGGGAAUAUGAAAAAUACCUUCAAUUUUCGAGGACAAAAUUAAUGAACCAUUUAACGUCAUUUGCACUUCAUCGUCUUUUGGUCAGGCAAGGAUGUCAAUUUCGGGUUACCUCUAAUGUUAUCGAUUUGGGAAAUAUGGAGCCACGAGGUCGGAGAUCAAGGAGUACAUCGCUAUCAUCUUCCGAUACAGCGUUGGUGCUAAGUAGUGGUGUUGGCACACUGUUAACACUGGUUGAAUCUCCUGCACUAGAAAAUGUUAGUGGUAAAUAUUUUGACUGCCAUGGCAAGCAGACACGCAGUGGUUCGGAUGCUACCGAUGAGCGAUUGCAGCAAAAACUAUGGGAAAUGAGUGAACAGUUGUGUAAAGAUUAUCUAAAUUCUGGUUCACCUCUUUCUGCAAAUUGUACGAUCAAUGAUGUGAAUUACCUUGCGCACUAUAUUCUAUCAAGGUCACUGUUCACUCUGUUGAAGAACAAUGUCCCAUCUCGAUUGGUUCUUGUAAGCAGCAUUUGCUACGAUUGGUAUUCUCUAGAUUGGUCUGAUUUAGAAAGUUCGAAAACUUAUGAGAAGUACACACAGUACUCACGUACAAAGCUUAUGAUUCACUUGAUGGCGUUCAAGUUGGCUCGUUUGUUCAAUAGAUCUGGUGUUACUUGUAAUGUUUUGGAACCAGGCGUCAUCGAGACAAAGCUUCUGCGAGCUGGUGGUUAUAGCGGAGCUUCUGUUUGUGAAGGUUCUCGAACUUGCGUUUUUCUUUGUACGUCUGAUAGUGUUACCAACGUGAACGGUGCUUAUUACGACAACAAAUGUAAACAUGUAACCAAAUUAUUCAAAGACGCAGUGGAUGAAAAGCAACAGGAGGAUCUGUGGCAACUAACCGAUAAGUUAUGCGAAAAGAAAGGCGUCAUACUUCCAAAAAUUUAGUUUUUCUGAAAAUAAUCUUAAAGAAUUUACAUUGGGAAGACUGGCUGUUUUUGGGAAUUAUUAUCUGAUUUUAUGGUUAGGAUUUAUGUCCCUACUCUCUAGAAUGACUGACUUUGUGAAUUGCUUGACUUGCUAUAAAAUGAUUUUUAUGGAUGUAUCUACUGAAACUCCAAACUUCCUUCGUUAUGUUGUAGCUUGUCAUCCCAGAUUUAUCAUUUGUUCAACUUUUGGUCCGAAAUUUAUAUGUCGUGACGACCCGUUAGUCGCUUGUUGUGUAAGCUCUGAGGGAUAAAUUUGGAAGCACUUUGUGAUUCAUCUCCUGUUUCUUGUGGUGAAGAGAAAUAAAUUUGGCUUUUUUUCAAACAGCUCUUCAAUUUUAAAUGGUUUUGUUUUUCUGCCGACGUCGUUUCAUUUGCAGUUGUUAGUAGAUGAUCAAAUUUAGAUAAAUUUUUUUGUACAUCUUCC